AUGUCCCGCCGAGUGUUCGAUGUGGGUCUUGAUAUGAGUCGGAUGCGCGAGAGCUUGAAGUCACACAGGCACCCCCGACGGAGCAGGAGCUCAAACACAGGAAAACAGAACCACACCAAAUCUAGCACGCCGCCUGACGAUAUCCUUGGGUCACAACAAUUAGCUAUGGUACCUCAACUGAAGCGCACACGAAGCAAAUCUCUGAACGAGGCCGCAGCGCUGGGCGGCUCACCCGAAAGACCAAUGGAUAUGGGCCACCCAGAAGACCUGCGCAGCCAAAAUGAGAGUCCAAAUUUUGACUUGAAACCUCCUCCGCCGAAUAUCAAAGUCAAACAUAUCGAUACUUUGGCCGAGAAGCUGUUGUCAGGCAAUCACCUCGACAUUAUACUCAAUGACCCUUCUUUCUUUCUCCGCUUCACCGCUUUCCUUAACCGCUACAAGCCCAAUAUAGCACCAACAUUGGUCCAGUAUCUUGAGAUGAAAAAGGCUAUCAAGGCAGUGGAAUAUGCAAACGCUCUAUCUGAAAGUCUACAGGCCACAACAGAAGACCCAAACUCGCCCGAUCCUGUUCGCGUCGCGUCUUUAGAACCAGAAUUCAAAGCCUGGGGCGAUAAGAUCUUCAACUCUCUCGUUACGGAUGCUUUACCAGCCUACGUAACAACUUGCCUUACAAAGGUCGUGACAGAGUAUAUGAUCAAGGAAAUCACUGGCGCAGGUAUGCCCGUGCAUAGGGAGCUCGUGAGUGGGCUUGCGGAGACGUUCUGCUUGUCGGACCCUAAUCAGGAAGAUUGUCCAAUCAUAUACGCCAGUGAAGAGUUCUAUAGAACCACCCGAUAUUCCCGAGACGAUUCCUUGGGUCGGAAUUGUAGAUUCCUGCAGGGAAGUCGGUCUGACGAGGCGACCGUAGAGAGGCUUCGCAAAAACAUACGAUCAGGCCAGGAGUCAUGCGAAUGUAUACUCAACUACAGAAGGGACGGCUCUCCUUUCAUGAACUUACUUCUUAUUGCUCCUCUGUACGAUAAUCGAGGUGCCGUUAAGUACUUUAUUGGCGCACAGGUAGACAUCUCUGGUCUGAUAGAGAACGGUCGGGGCCUGGACUCUUUCGAACGUCUCUUGAACGACUCCCGCCCGUCUGCAACUUCAUACAGUAACCAAAAUGAUGAUCGCGAUGGCCAGAAACAUCUCAAACCCCUUGAAGAGCUUUCCCAAAUGCUAAGUGUUGAUGAGUCGUCUCUCUUCCAGGGGCAGAGUCGUGAGGGUAGCACGAAUGGGGAUGCAUCCAACUACAGCUACUCUACGCGUGUGACCCCCAGAAAGCAGCAGGACAGCGCCCGACGGGCUAGAAAAAUUCUGGGAAAUGAAGAGGAAGGCGAGGUCGACAACAAAAACCCCAUGCCCCUUUCUGCCUCUCUGACAUCUGGUCGGUUGCCAGGGGUCUAUCAGAAUUACCUUCUCGUUCGUCCACACCCAUCUCUGCGCAUUCUCUUCGUCUCCGCAUCCCUGCGCGUCCCUGGUAUCCUUCAAUCCCCAUUCUUAGCCCACAUAGACGGAUCGCAGCAAGUGAUAUCCGGCGUUACGGAGGCCUUCGAGCAAGGGGCAGCAGUCACAGCGAAGGUCAAUUGGUGUCCCAAAGCACAUGACCAGGGUCGGGACGACAGUUCUGAUAAGCCUUCACCUGAUGCACGAACGCGAUAUAUUUCUUGUACCCCGCUUCUAGGUUCGGAUGAUAAAGUGGGGGUUUGGAUGGUCGUGAUGGUUGAAAACGAGCCUGCUCUUUCGGGAAAUCUUCGACGGCCGCCACGAACACCAGACAGGCCGAUCGAAAAUGGACUACCAAAUGGAAUACCAAAUGGAAAUGGAGGCAAGGAUAGUAGACGAAAGGGGGCCGGUGGUGGAGAGGAUAUGUAUGCAGACUAUAUGCGGCAUAGUGCUACGACUUCGAUGGAUAGCGAGAGGAAGCAGCACGACGAAAACAUGGAUGAUCAAGUUGACGAAGCGAGUGUUAAAGGACCGGUGAAUGGGCUGAAAGACGAGGACAGGGUGCAAGAGGUCUUCACCCCAACGGAAGAAAAAAGGAAUAUGGGGGAAUGGACUUCGAAGGGGCAUCCAAUAACAUGA